UCCACCAUUCUUAUUGGGGUUACCAAAGGGGGGGCGGAGGGAGGGCUGGUUUUCCAUAGUAACGGGAACAAAACAAGCCGGUCCCACACAAAGCGGGGAAUGGGAUGAGUGAGGCAGCUGAACAGAAGCACAGUAACUUCUGCUGAGAAACAGAGGGAGGAAUCCUGCUCCUGCAGCGAGGGAAGACAAGGAGGAGGACGACUAGACAGGACGAGGAAAACUGAGAGGACAGUGGGUCCAGUCGAUUGAGACAAGUGAAGGAGCAAAGGGGGAAAAAAGGAGAAAAAACAACAAAAGUAGGACAAAAAAAGAUAUAUAUUGGAGACUGGCGGUGCUGGAAGAGAGUGCUUGACACGCGGGGAAAAGAUACACACACACAUACUCACAUCCACAUUUGUGCCUCCUUGGAAGGCAGCAUGAAUCGAGACAGUCAAAGUGAGGACACUUUGUCAACCAUGGUUCUGGAGAACAUCAAGAACAAACUGAUUCAUGCAUUCAGGACCACUGGUGAACCACGGGAUGCCCCAGAGUCUACUACUGGGCCCUUUAGCAUUGGCAGGAGUUACCAAGCCAAUGAGGAACUGCGGAGAGCUAAGAUAGAUGGAGCCAUAACCUGGCUAAGAUCUGAACUGGAAAAUAUGAUCUAUUCUCCCAUCAUUACCAUGCAGCUGGAAAUGCGCUCUCAGGACCAACAGCUGGCCCAGACCCUGCUGGGACUCAACAAUGAGAUCCAGAGACUGAGGCGGGAGAGUAUGUCUGGGGCUCUGGAGCCGGAGGGGGGUGAACACCACUAACCAACCCCACCCAGUGCACCUCCCCUGGGGGAAACAGAGAGUGAGGGUGGAGGUUUCCUGCUGGAAUUUCCUGGAACCCUGUCUGAAUCCAUGACCAGACUAUGUCCUUUGGCAUUUCUAAAACAGAUACGUGGAAGUGUUACACAAACGAGACCCUUGGAAUGAGGAUUCCCUUGUAAAGGUCACAUGGCAUGUUUGAUGUUGGCUGUGAGGGACCCAAUGGACUGGAUAGGAUUCGAUGAGUCAUAGACAUAAGAAUGUUUCAAACUUGUGAGGUAGUGUUCAAUGUUGCAUGCAUACAUUUUCAGUCCUGUGUCACUCACCAAGUGAGAUCCAAAGCGAAUAUGUUAUCAUUAAAAUCCUAUUAUUUAAGACAAAACAAUCGUUAUUUCAUAAGGCCUUAUUUUGAGGGCCUAGUUUUACCUUAAUACAGUGGCCUGAAACUCAGGUUUUUACAGGUCAAAUCAGGCCUAUAAAUCACAUUAUGCUGGUUUGCAAAGUGAUGUGUUACUCCUAUUGGAAUUCUACCAGAAUCCAACAUUCUGAAUUUUUAGUCACCCACAAACUGCAUUCAGAAUGAUUGCCAGUGUUAGGAAGACUAAGGGGGUAUCACACUGAAUUGGCUUGGAGCAGUUUUUCCGAACUCUGGUGCGUUUACCCCCUUAGUUUGGUUUGUUUGUUUUGUUUGCUCUGGUGUGAACACUCUAUCUGCACUAACGCACCGUGGUUCGCUCAAAAAUGUUGGUCUCUAAUGCGAUUAAUUUCGUACCCUGGUGCAGUUUGCUGCCGGUGAGAACGCAGUCUGGACCAAACACAGGAAAAUAUCCAGAGACACGCACUAUUAGUGGUUGUUUGACUGCAAGCAUUUGAUGAAAUGCCCGCAAGAUCAUAACUUGAAAUAUCUGACACAUUCUGUGUGUAGCAGCGCAUCCGAUGCAGAUUAGUGGAGACUGGAGCUAUACUGGAGAUAGAUGCUACUGAAUAUAGUCUAUUCAUUUAGCCUAUUCAGUCACAGUCGGAGCGACUAUUGUGCUGUUUCCUCCCGAAUGUUGUUGGAAGACCAAAACAAAAGUAAUAUGAAGAUUGGGACACAUACAGUGGGGCAAAAAAGUAU